UUCGCGCAGACCUGCAUCAUACCCUCGAGAAGGAGAGACCUCACAGGGAUGUGCACAUUGGGCGUGGUGUUGGUGGUGGCUUGCCUGGCAGUAGUGGUGGUGGGUUCAACUGCAGCCGCUCAGGGCGAAACCAACCAUGCGUGCGCUGACCUCACGCACGCUCUGCAUGAAAUGGCAGUCAUCAUUGAUGCACUAGGAGCUGCAGUGAACGUGUCCAGCAGCCAGAGCCCUGGCAUGCUCGUCACUGCGCUACGCGAACAACACUUAACAUCAACAGCUCAACUGUCAACACUCUGCGUCGUGCGCCAACGGCGCAACACAGCAACGGAAGACAGCGUCAACAGCACCAACAGCACCAACAUCACCAACAGCACCAACAGCACCAAUGCAGCCAACAACGGCACCAACAACGACGCCAACCCUAACAGCACCAAUGCCAGCACCAAGAGCAAUCUCAGGGCUGAAGACAGUGCCACGACAACACCGGGGACGACGUCGGCUCCGACCACACCCGUCUCUGAAACAACCACAGUCGACCCGGCAACACCCCAAGGCACCGAGCAAGUCCAAGUGAAUUGGUGUCGGAUUGAUUGGGUGUUGACGGCACAAUGUCAUCUGCGAACGCCCCCAAUCCCACACGGCGCACUGAUCAUCGAGUUUAACACCUUUGGCCAGGCAGCAAGCCGAAGCGCAAACACCAAGCCCACAGAGGCAACCGCGGCCGCGUUUCGUGCUUUGAUAGACGACUACCAGCCACGCAACCUCACCCUGCGCAGCACACAACGCAUCACAAGCCAGGGAGCAAGCAUCUUCCCCUCCGAUUUGGUGUGGGUGCUGAACGAGGCCAACUGGGACAGCGUGUCGAACCUGAGCAUCAGCGGGCUUGUGAGCACAACCUUUGCCCUCAAUUCACUAAACCACUUCCCAAACCUGACCACCUUGUCCAUCGCCGGCAACCGCAUCAACCAGCUCACCAUCACAACUGAGAGGGACCCCAGCCCUUUUGCAGCCACGCCUCAUCUGGAGGUGCUUGAUGUGCGUGACAACAGCCUGUCUCGACUCCAGCCGACGUUGCUGCGCGGCAUGUCGAGCCUGCGCGUGCUCAACCUCACCAAUAACUACAUCACCGCGAUCGAGGCUGGCGUGUUCCGCGACACAACGGCCCUGCAGCACCUGUGGCUCUCCCUCAACCACAUCAGCCGCAUUGACCCCGGCGUGUUCACGGGGCUGCGCCACCUUUGCAACCUCACGCUGCAGGACAACCAGCUGCGGACGUUGCCAGAGUCCGCAUUCCACGGCGCCACCCAGUUGCAUCGGCUCAUUCUCAGCAACAACCCGCUUGACGAGCUACCGCCGCUGCUGCUGGCCAACGGGGCCAACCUACGGGUGUUUGAGGCCGCAAACACCUUCUUGGAUGCCUUGCCUGAGCAGCUGUUUGCCGCAACAGCCCGACUGCACCGGCUCGUUCUCAUGAACGCGCGCAUCACGCAGAUGCCUCCCAGGGUCUUCAGCAACCUUGGCUCGCUGUACUACCUCUCCAUGAGCGGGAACCGAAUGCUUCAGCUCCACCCAGACCUAUUGCAGGGGUUGAAUCAGCUGCGCCGCGUUUUCUUUAGCCGCAACAGACUCACGUCGCUUCCGGCUGGCUUUUUCAGGGACCAGCACAACCUCACCUACGUGGGCUUUGGCCACAACCUCCUUCAGGUGUUGCCAUCCACCCUGUUCGAGAACAACGCAAAGCUGGCCUUCAUCACCCUCAACGGCAACAAGCUGACAGACGUCCCCGUGGCAAUGCUGCGCAACAAGCCGGAACUCGCGUCGCUCUACCUCACCAACAACUUGCUCACCGGCCUUCCCGUCCACGCGCAGGCGCCAAGCAACAGUGGUGCACCGGACGCCACGACAGCCGGCAUUGCCUUGCCCAGCUUGCAGAUCCUUGACCUCUCCUUCAACCCGAUUGAGGUCCUGCCGCCCCCGCACGUCAUGCCAAACCUGACCACGCUGCGCGCCAUCCACCACCGCAUGUCUACCAUCCACAUGACGCCGCUGCUGUCGCUGCGCAGGCUCACGCGGCUUGAGCUCGCCUCAGACCCGGCCCGGCCCACCAGCGCGCUCGCCUUCACCGCGGAGGAGGCGGAGCACGACACGGCGCCGCCAACCCUGCGCUUCUUGGACCUGCGCAACGUCGAGCUGUCCACGGCGUUUGUGCAGUUUGCGUACCAGCAGCAACUGCGGCUGCGCCACAUCAACCUGGGCUGGCCCGGCAUGAGCGAUCGCACCGCGCCCAUGGCGCAGAUCUGCGACCUGCUCGACCGGGAAGUGGAGUACGUUGGCUUGCACAACACGGCGUACCGGCGCAUUGAGCUGUGCCAGGACAAGCGCAUCCUCUCUGUCGGGCUGGAGGACAACCCGCGCCUGGAGCACCUCACCUUGCUGCACAACCUGAACCGCCUCAACGUGUCUGGCUGCACCAGCCUCCGCGACAUGACGCUGCUCUCCGCUGACAUCCUGGACAUCAGCGGCACCCGCCUCAUGUUCCAGCCGCCACUCUGCGACACGUGGGGCACACGUGUUGUUGUGGCCAGAGGGAUUGCGCUUGCCAGCAACCACGCCUUGGAGGAUGUCGGCUCGCACAUCCAGCACUGCCUGUCGCACGUGGAGCUCCUUGACCUGUCCGACAACGGGUGGCUGAACCAGGUGCAGCUGGUGGAGACGCCGCCCAUUGUGGUGUCUGACGUGCCGCACUGGUCGGAGGACUUUGGGUUGGAUAUCGCCAGCAACGCCAUCGUGCCCGUGUUUGUCAUCAACGCAGGCAAGGUGUCGUGCACGCUUCAGUUGGGCGAGACGCAGGCGCGCCCGCGCACAGACAACGAGCGCAUCACCACGGAGGUCACGUUCCAGUUCAACUGCAGGUGCGCGCAGCGGUUUGUGCAGCGCGACGGCAAGUGCGUGCCGGACGAGCUGACGACCGGCGAGAUUGCUGCCAUCUCCAUGGGCGUUGUGAUGGUGGUGGGCGCGGUGCUGGCGGUGGUGUACCAGCACUACCGCCGGCGGCGACGCACUCUCGAGGUGGAGAACAAGACCGUGUACUCGCACCUGCUGGAGAAGGAAGAGGAGGUGAUGGCGCUGAAGAAGGUAUGGGAGAUUGACUUUGGGGAGCUGCACCUCGUCACGCGCAUCGACAAGGACUCCGAGGGCGCGUUUGGGGAGGUGUGGCUGGCACGCUGGGACGAGCUCACCGUGGCCACGAAACUGCUCAAGCGCUCCGUGCUGCUGUUUGACGAGUCGCAACGCGAGGAGUUUGAGAAGGAGGUGGAGUUCCUGCAGCGGACACGGCACCCGCACGUGGUGCGGUUCUUCGGUGCGGGCACGGAUCCGCAUGGCAGCCCGUUCCUGGUGCUGGAGUUUGUGGCGAUGGGGUCGCUGCAGGCGCUGCUGCGGCGUGACUUGGCGCAGGUGCUGGUCCGCGCGGCUUCAGAGGCAGACGUGCGGCCCAGCACAAGCGACACCCUGACGAUUGCGGAGACUGAAGAGGAGGUGAUGGUGCAAGCGGCGUCGGCGCACGCACCAGCGGAUGUGUGGGCGCUCAAGCUUCGUUUCGCCCGAGACGUUGCCUGUGGCAUGGCCUUCAUCCACAGCCUCGGCCACGUGCACAGAGACUUGAAGAGUGGGAAUGUGUUGGUGUCGAGUGCGCUCCGAGCCAAGAUCUCCGAUUUCGGAUGUAUUCGAGAGGUGUUGACGCAGGGUCAAAGGCAGCAGCAACAGCAGCAGCAGCAGCAGCAGCAGCGACUGGCACAUGGGGUCAUGCCAGUGGAUGCGGUGCAGUCGCCAACGCUAACGGUUGGCGUGGGUACGCCGCUCUACAUGGCCCCUGAAGUACUAGCUGGUCGGGAGUACGACGGCAAGGCUGAUGUCUUCAGCUUUGGGGUGCUGCUGUGGGAGGUGGCGAUGCAGCGUGUACCAGAUCUGGUUGAGCAGGAGCUUGGCCCGGGCAAGCGCGGCUGCUUUUCGGUUCACAUGUUAGAGCUGCUGACACAGGGCAAGCGACUCAAGUUUACCACGACAAGCAGUGACGCCAAGGAGAACGUUGCCGAAGGCAUUUCCACGCCACUUGGCGAUGCUUCCACGACAGUGAGGGAGCUGCAGCGCCCAGCGACAAGAGCGACAGGUUUGUCUUGCCCAACCCUGUCACUGUUUGCGGCUGUCGCAGACUCGUGUGUGGCGCACACGCCUGCCAAUCGCCCUGCCUUUGAGGAGUUGGAGAAACGAUUUCGUGAGGCGCUGAUGCAGGGUGUGGCUGGCCAGUGAAGCAGAGAGCUGGGGCGGGCUUGAGGGCUUGGGAAGCGGUGUUGAGUGAAGGAGUGAAGGAGUGAGGGUUGGUUUUCUUGAAUGAGGGGUGUAAGUGCAGAGUGUGCUCUUCUGCGUGACAUUAAAAGAUGACGAAACGA